UUUAGGUUUAUGCUCUUUUACCGAAUAAAAGCACUAGUACGUAUACGAGAAUGUUCAAUAUAAUUAAAGAAGCUGCUUUGAGAAAUGAUUUGGCUUUCAAGCCCAAAACAUUUCAAAUUGAUUUUGAAAUAGGAAUGAUUGUUGCUAUACGAGAUUCAUUUGGAUAUAACAUAGAAAUAAAAGGAUGCCUUUUUCAUUUUGGGCAAUCUAUAUGGCGACAAGUACAAAAACUUGGUUUAGCGCACGAUUAUACACACAAUGAUGAAGUGAAAAAAACGGUUCGAAGAAUAUGUGCCUUAGCUCUGGUGCCUAUCGAUGAAAUAGAUGAGUGUUGGUCAAUUAUUCAUGCUGAAGCACCAGUUAAUGAAAACGUUAUAAAACUUAUGGACUAUUUUGUGGAUACAUAUUUGAAUAGUGAUGUAUGCAUGUUUGACCGGAAAAUAUGGAAUCAUUUCAACACCGAUAGGACACGUACAACUAACCACCUAGAAGGUUGGCAUGCAGCUUUAAACCGGAGUAUAAGUCGACCAAAGCCGAACAUAUUUGUGUUGAUAACUGAAAUAAAAAAUCAACAACAAAAUUUUGAACUUGAUCUACAAGCCCAGAAAAACGGUAAUCUAAAACCACUAACUAAAAUGAAAUUUCGAAAGCUUGAAGAAAGAUUAAAAAAUGCAAAGGAUAGGUAAAUAUUAUAAAAUAAUUAAUUUUUACAUGUAUAAUAGUUAUUAUAUAAUUAGUUUUUAUUUUUUUCAGAUUGAAAUCAGAAGAAAUCUCUUUAAUAGAGUAUGUCGAUAUAAUAAAAUAUCAUAUAAUG